GAACUUUACACAGUGAGUGAGAGAGGAACAAUACACAACAGCAACAACAAAAUCGAAUUUAAAUUAAAAAUGGCUGUAACUUUUAAAUGAUGUCAAAUGGAUCGAGCGAAAUUUUUAUCCGCACGAAUAAUUAUAAACAGUUUAUGUUAAUUUAUUUGGAUCGGCUGUCGUCCGUGUUUCGUGUAUAGUUUUUUGUGUUCUGUAUUUUUUUCCUUCUUCUUCUUCUUCUUCUUAUUCUCGAUUUUGAAUUGGUUCGGACUAAAUGUACGCGCAUUAUUAAAGAGAGAAAAAAAAGUGUGUGUGCUUUUUUUUUAUAUUCAACUUCUACACAUUUCGCUCUCACUCGCGCUCUGUUGAAUUCUUCAUCUUUGAAACUGAGUUGGUCUCUUUUCUUCUGGUCAGGCAGCGGCAGCACAACGGACACACAAUCAGAAAAUAUGUGUGGUGGUUUUUUUGUGUUAUGUUUUCUGCAUAAGAAUCGGACCGACACAUAAAACAGAGACAUUUAUACAGAAUAAUUAAGUGAUCGAAAUAGUGUCAUUGGAAGAGUGCUUGAAUACGGUAUACGGCUUAAUCGAAAUGGCUUAUUAACCGAUGAUACUGUGUGAAAUGUGAGAAAAAAAUCGAAAAUUAGACAAAUUACUAGUUUGUGCUCAUCCAUCGAUUACGAUUAAUCGAAACAUUUUAUUGUGGAAUUAUUGGUCUGUGUUGUGUGUAUGAACCAGUGGGUUUUGUGAUUUUUAUUCCUUUUUUCAUUUUUGGUUUGAGUUCCAAGUGAGACAGAACAUCAUAUGAAAAUUAGAUAUAUAAAAAAAACAACAACAAAUCGAAAUAAAAGUGCAUCGCAAUUAGACGUGGCCCAUGCAAAUGAAAACAAUAAUUAUUCCCAUUUCAUUGACAUUUUUACUGAAGAAAUCGCAAAUAUAACAUUGAAAAACCUAGGUUAAACAAAAAUAAACUGAAAAACGUGAACGAGAACAAAAAAAAAAACAAAGGGAAAAAAAUUGAUAAGAAGGCAAAUCGAUUUAAUAGGAUUGUCAUACGGCGAUUGUGUGUUACGCUUACAAUUCGUGUGUUAUGAAACAAAACAAGAAUACUGAAGAAAAAAAAAUACAACAAGAACGCAACUACAAUUAAAUCAUAUCCAUUUCGGUUUUUAAUUUGUCUGUUAUUUAUGGGUACAUACGAGCAAUCAAACGAUUCAAAUCAACAUCGGAAAACGAGCAUUAGAUCCCGAAUCCGGAUAUAUAUGUCUUGUUGAGUGAAUGGUGAUUGUGUCAUCUUCGCGGAAAAUCGAUUUUUAUUGGUUGUUGUUCGAUUUCUAAUGAGUGAACACUGAAUUGGAUGGGGGAUUAAAAAGAACUCAAAUACAACAAAUCGUCUGAAUUCCACACUCUCAUGGUGUGUGUGUGUGUGUGUGUAUGUGUUUUCUUCCUCAUUUUCACCGUCACCAAUCGAAACCGUGUGCUCAGUGUUUGCAUUUUAUAGCGUUUCAAAUUUGCUGGAAAUUAAAUUUGAUUUUCAAAAACCCCGAAACGCAUAAAAAAGUAACUCCCCUCGUGAGCAUGAGUUUUACGUAAAUUACGGAGUGUUUAAUGACAACGUACUUAAAACGAAACAUUUUCGCUUCCAUCACACACAAACAAACAAACAAACACGUACACAAAACCGUAACAGCAACAGCAAAACAACCACCACAAAACACAAAUUGAAGUCAUGAUCUUUAACACAGACUUAAUAUGAAAAUUGUGGAAUUCAUUGAGAAUCGAUUCCGUGUGAUUUGUAGCAGAAAAAUUGUGUAGGAAUAAUUUAUACACACAAAUCAAGUGAAGAAUAUGUUCAAUGUUUGCAUGUGAAAUAGAAAGAAAGAAAACGAACGAACGAAAAAAUAAUAUGGAGAAAAAUGGCGAGUUAAACACUGGAAAAUGUUAUGUGCGUGUAAAUCACACACGAUACUUGUGAUUAUAAUUUAACAUCGAAAAAAUAGUAGUAGUAGCAGCAGCAGCUACAGCAACAUAAUCGGCAACAGAACAAAGUGAAGCAGUGAAGAAAAAAUAUGGACACACGAGUUGUUUUUAAUAAUAAUUUUAUAAAUUCACAUUCUAACGGGAAUAGAUACAAAUCGAAAUAUAUAGCAAGUGUUGUAGGCAGCGCGCGCGCAAAGUGAAUUUUGGUGUCUCUCUCUGUGAGUGUGAGUGUGUUGGUGUGUGCGCGCCAAGCUCAAUUAAGUGCACACACACAGAAUAAAUUCAAAUAGCAUAAAUAAAAAGAAGUUAAAUAAAGUGGGUGAGAGAGUGAAAGAGAGAGAGAGAGAGAGAGAAAAAGAAAACAAAUCAAAGUCGGUAGUGGAUUUCGUUCUACCAAUCAAAUUUAUCACACACAUCGAUCGAUCAUGGAUAAGGAGAAUGGAAGCGGUGGCGGUAGUAGUAAACAUAAAAAUAGUAGUAACAGUAGCCGACAACCAACGAUCGAUGUAAACGACCCAAGUUCAUUAUUAAAUGCUGCUUCAUUAUUUGCCUAUUGGGGUCGUGAUCCCUCGGCAGCUACCGCAAAUCAGUUAUUUGGAACACCGUUUGGAGCUGGCCUUGGCAUGCUACCAACGGGAGCAUCAAACGCAAAUGACAGAUUCGCAAUGGGACAUCAACAGCAACAGCAACAACAGGCACAACAACAGCAACAAAACGCAACAAUGAAUGCGGCUGCAUCACAGGCAGCCAGUUUAGCUGGUUUGCAUCCUGCAAGUUGGUGGUCGAUGGCACAAUUAGCUGCACAAGACUAUUUCACUCGACUCCAGGCAUCUGGCCUAUCGGCAUUCCCGCAUCCAGCCGAUUUGGCAGCUGCAUUUCCAGGUGGUUUACCCGGUAUGGCGGGUGCAACGAAUAAUACCGGUUCGUCAUCGUCGACCAAUUCACGGCAAAACAAUGGCGAUUCAAAAGGCAAGGGUCGCAAAGAGAAGAAAUCCAAUAGCAACAACAAUAGCACUGGACUCAAUAGCAGUUCAAUCAAUAACAGCAGCAGUGGUGGUUUGAAUUUAAAUGCUGGCACAUCAACAUCAUCACCAUCAUCAUACAAGUCAUCAUAUAAAUCGACAUCGAAUCAGUACAAUUCGGCCGCUUUGCAUAAGGAAUUAUUGGCAAUGCAAGCUGCAGCCGUUGCUGCUGGAGGUUUGGGUGGCCACAAUUCGUCUUCAUCAUCGAAAAAAUCGAGUCAAACAAAUAGCAAACAUUUAGCAUCAUCGUCGUCGGCGUCGUCAGCCGCUACAGCUGGUUUUCCACUGGGGUUUGGCGCUACUUCAAUGCCAAACCAUUCCACAUCGUCCACCACAUCAUCUUCACAUCAUUCUAGUUUAUCCAAAGAAUCCACGCGAUCAAAUAAUAAUACUAGCAACAGUAAUAGUGCCGCAACAGCCGCAACUCUUAAUGCUCUCAAUUCAUUGUCACAGUUUGGUAGUUUAAGCUCAUUGAGUUCACCGCAAAGUAUGCAAGCAGCUAUAAAUGCGUUAGCCGCAACGAGCGGCGUAACCUCAUCACCGUCCGGUUCAUCGUCGAAAGGAAAAGAUUAUAUGCCAUCUGGAAUUCUAAGUGACCCAUCGUCAUUACUUGGAGUUCGUUUACCACCAGAUACGGAAAUUAUUAAGUAUACAUCGUCAAUUGUUGGCCCAAAAAAUCCAGGUACAACCAAUCGAGGUAGAAAGAAGACAAUAUCGCUUGAUCCAAAUCCACUUUUAGCAACUUUACAAGGAUUGUCUAGCAUCGGCGCUAGCCCAGCUAAACGGGCAUGCCUUGAGGCCGAAUACGUUGCAAGUUUAAAUGCUGUGGCUCGACAACAAUUACAACAACAACAACAGCAACAGCAACAGUCGCAUCAAAAUAACGAUCGCGUUGAAGUGAUCAAAUUGCCUCCAACAAUCACAUCGAACGGUGCAUAUAAUUUAUCGAAAUCAGGGACAUCAAAAGACUCGUCGGCCGAAUCGAAUGAAUGGGCUGGUGUAAAUUUCAGUAGCAAAGUAUCGAAUGCGUCUAGCACUGAUGAGGGUGACGCACCGCUAAAUCUUUGUAUGAAAUCAUCAUCCGAUUCAUCAUCGAAAACGGCCGACCUAUCCACAUCGAAUACCGGUAACAGUUUACAAAGCCUCAGCUCAAUCACAGCAGCGCUUGGCUCGGGUGGUGGAAACGAUAGAAUGCUAAAUUACAAGGAGAGCCGGCCGAGAAACUUGGGUCGAGGUGUUUCAAAGCCGAAGAAAAAUACGGUAGCAUCACUGUUAGCACAAAGUCGAGCCGUUGGCUUGAAACCAAUGCUAUCCACACAACAGCUGCUUAGUCAAGGGGCUGAUUUGGAAAAAAUUCGACAAGCGAUAGCUGAAGCGAAUUUAGCUAUGGAUGUAUCGACUGAUUCCGAAAGUGUGGCAGACACAAGUGGCUUGUCGGAUUCGGAUACCGAAGAACCAUUGGCAAAUCUCAGCGAUUUGCGUGUUCCACUGGACAAAGGCUGGAAACGAGAAACCAUCAUACGUGGUCUCACCAAAAAUGGUCAAAUUCGUGGCGAUGUAUUUUAUUAUGCGCCCGGAAAUACCACCAAACUAAAACAUAUUGGCCAAGUUCAAACGAUUCUCGAACAGACACAAUCCAAAUUGAGUCGUGAUAACUUUAGUUUUUCGGCGAAGGCAAUUGUUGGCGCAUUUCUGCAGCCGGCCCCAGCUCCAUAUGCCACCGAUGGUGAAUAUAUUCGUAUGACUGAUACUGAGGUGGCAAAGCGUCUUGAAGAAUUGAAAAUGUUCACACGGCAAACAUUGAAUGUGGAACAACGCAUCGAAAUCGCACGGCAACAGCAAGCGAUUCGUGAAGCGAAAAAAUUGGCCAAGGAAGAAUUGGCAAAGAGCAAAGAAAAGGCUCGACAUGCUCGUGAACUAGAAAAGAAUGAACGACUCGAAGCACAACGAAAAGAACGUGAAUUACGAAAUCAACAAGCGGCCGAGGCUCGACGAAAGAAGCAAGAAGAACUGGAGAAAGCGAAACAGGAAGAACUAUUACGGAAACAACAGGAAAAAGAAAGAAAGAGACAAGAAGCGAUCCUUGCUAAAGAACAGGAACUUGCCAAGCAAAAGGAAUUGAUGUACAAAGUUGAAAUGGAACGAGAACGUCGACGACAACACCUUACACUCAUCCAACAGCUGGACAUUCGACGUCAGUUCGAAGAGCGUGAAAAGAAGAAACAUCAAAUGGUCUUGGAUAAAUUGAUAAUUCGUGAUCGAAAAUUGUCGGCGCGUAAACGUGAUGCUGAAGUUCUGGCCGAACUACGGAAACCACAAGAAGACUCGGAAAUUAUUAACCAAAAGGAAUUCCCAGCAUUGGAACGAUUGCCAGGAUUGAAAUUAACCGGAAAAGCCUUGGCCGAUUUACUAAUGGUCUUCGAAUUUUUGCACAACUUUGGCGAAACUCUUGGAUUCGAUAUGGAAUCGUUGCCUUCAUUACAAAGUUUGCAUCAGGCAUUGACCAGCGAAGAUGCACUCGAAGCAGAAGAGGAGUUGUUGUCCAUUAUUUCACACUUAUUGGUGUGUGCAAUUGAAGAUCCAGGCGUACCGAAUCCCGUUCGACACACAACACUGUUGGGUCAAUCGCUUCGAACGGCCGACAUUACCAAUUCGAAUAUUUCCGAAAUUUUACGAAUUUACCUGUAUGCGGUGGCAACGGGAGAGGUGCGAACACUGAACGGUGUCACGUUGGAUCGAGAGCGUGAACGUCGUGUGGCCGAUCAUCAUCAGCUCGAUUCCGAGCAAAUGCUGACGUCGGGCAAGAAUCAAGCCUACUACGAAGCAUUGCAAAAUAAUCAAACGUGGAAAUUGUCAGAAUGUUUGAAAGACAAACCGUUUGUAUCACUCAAUCCAACCGUAAAAACCGAGAUCUUAGCACAUCUGUGCAAUGAUUUGCUGAUGAACAAAGCGGUCGUACGACAAAUUGAAAAUAGUUUGGAAUCGGUGGCGCAGCACAAACGUGAUCGUUAUGCCAUCGAAAAUCGUGUACGAAAAUACAAGCAUUUACAUGCACGCAAAGUGCGAAUGGAACAAUUUGAGAAGCAGCAACAAAUUGCGCGGGAAAUCCAAGCACGGCAAUUGGCACAAGCUCAAGCCGCCGCAGCGUCCCAAUGCACGCCGAACACAUCGAAUGCUGAACAAAUGGCAGACGGUGAUUGUGAAAUUGUAAAAACCCCAAACACAACCGACAAUAACAAUGAAAGUGUCGAGAAAAUGGACACAAAUCUCAUAAAAACGCCAUCGAAUCUGACGAAUGCAUCGAGUGUGGACAAUUUGACGGACGUUUCAGAAUUGAACAAUCACAAAGAUGAUUCGAUGCAAAGCACCGAUGUUAUGAUGAAAACGGCCGACGAUAGUGGUGAGACCAAAGCAAAAUUGGACGAUUCCAAAUCGGUGACUGGGAAAUUGGAUGCGAUAACACCAAGUGCCGAUGCGAGUCGAUCGCUAAACAACGGCGCUACAACACCUGAUAUUAGCAAUUUGUUGAAUAAGAAAAUAAAUAGUCGUGAUGUGACGGCCGAUGGAUCAACCACCGAUGGCAAUUUAGAUGAAGAAAUUAGUGAUAUUGAAAGCGAAGGUACGAUUAUGGAAGAGGACGAAGACUCACGCAUGACCGCCGAUGAAGUGCACAAGAAACUGGAGAAAAUCGUUAAAUCGGCCAAUCAAAACCGAACACUUAUCGAACAAAGUAGCAAUUCACUACGGGCUACCUGCUAUGGUCAAGAUCGUUUCUGGCGAAGAUAUUGGCAUCUACCGAGAGCCGGUGGCGUUUUUGUCGAAGGUCUCGAAUCUGCUCAACCGGAACUGCUUAAAUACAUGGGCAAAAUGGAAGAAUUGUACAAAACAUUCGAAGCGACACAAACGAAAAUGAAUGCAAACGAUAUCGAAAAUAAGAGACGUGGUAAGAAGAGAAAACUAUCGCUGACCGAUGAACCGGAUUCAAUGCCCGCACCAAAAAGUAUUGAUUCGGAAAUUCGAACGAUUAGCGAUUCGUCAAAUGAUUCCAGUAAAGUGAAACAGUCCGAAGAUGAACCAGAGGCUAGAAUUGUUGACAAUGAAGUGGAACCAACGAAAAUGGAAGAAGACAGUCCACCAAAGGCGACUGACAAUGGAUGCGAAACAGCGGACGAAGUGACCGAAAACUGUACCGAAAAUGCGAAGGCAACGAAUGCAGAGAAACAAGAUGCGGAUAUGUUGGACAUUGAGGAUUCCAUUCCAAAGGCAAUCUUGGUGCAAAAGGCCAACGAAACGGAUAAAACCGUUGGCACUGACAUAUCGACACCGACGGAAGCAGCGACGACGGACGCGCAUCUAAAUAAUCACAGCGAUGAAAUUGUGGGCGAAAAAGCUUCCGAGGAUGCUACAAUCACGCACAAUGCAGACUGUGAUAAUUCCAAACGAAAUGCGGAAAAUGGCAAUGCCAUUGCCAGUGUGGACAUUUCCGAGCAAAAACCCGUAAUUCCAAUCAUUGAUCUCGAUGCGAAUGAAAAUGUAUCCGAUGAUGUGAUGAUGACGGCGGCGGUGGCAGCAGCAGCCGUAGCAGCAGCAGCCGUAGCAGCAGCAGCCAAUGCAGAUGAUGCACAAAUCAAAACCGAGCCAAUCGAUGGCAUCGCGCCCCAAAUCAAAAUGGAAAUGGAAAUGGAAAUCAAAAACGAAUACACCGAAGAAGAAGUGAUGAAACGCGAAGAGCCCGAAAUACUGGAGAAAUGGUUUUCGAUUGCGAAUCGCGAGAUUCAAUUGAGCUCAAUCGAAACAACGAUUCCGCUGUCAGCGCAAGCGGAAUACUCGAACAUCACGUGUGAAAUGAUCUUGUCGUGCCAGGGCAAUCGAUGGGACAUUGGUAAUAAUGCCUACUAUUUUCAUGUGCCCGUCGAAAGUUCAACCAAUUUACAGAUCAAUCGAGAUUCGGUGCUUACGCAAUCGGGCAUCGAUGAUAAACUGAUGGAUAAAGUGUUGAACGGUGAAUAUACGAUUCCCUUGAAAAAUGAACCCGUCGAACCGGAGCCCAUCACUGAAGACACGGACGAUGAUGAGAAGAAAUGCGUUGAAUUCAUGAAACUGGAACCAGAGACGCAGCCAUUUCAGUUGCCAUCAUUUCUGAACACAUCAUUUGCCAAUCUCAGCGCAUUUGUACAAUGUGAUAACACUUGCCCGCUGCAAAUGACACCCGACGAACAGAAAAUGCUGGAAGAGGUCAAAGUGAACGGUUUUCCAAAACGUCUCGAAGGAAACUUUGUCACAAAGGAACUGUGCCACGGAUGGUGGAAAAUCAACGAUUCCGACACGCUAAACGAUGUCAUUCAAUGUUUGCACGUGAAAGGUGUUCGUGAACGUGAAUUGCGCAUCAAUUUGUUGACAUCAUUAACGGAAAAUAUUGAUCUGUCGACACCAUGCCAUGUGGCCAAUUUACGAUCACCACCGCCGGUCAAAGGUUAUAUCGAUCCCGAACCGAUGAUCGCAUGGAAUCCACAAAUUGCACGACGCGUCGAAUUGUCACUGCUCGAUCAAGUUGAAUCGUUAGAGGAUAAAAUCGCCGGCGCUUCAAUGCAAGUCAAAGGCUGGACAGCACCUGCUCGUGAUCCAGAGAGUGAAAAUGAACUCGAUCUCAUCACCGGCAUCACAAUGAUUCGUGACCGUAUUUUGAGUCUUGAAGCAGCUAUUGAACGACGAUACUUGAAACCACCGCUUGGCACCAGUACGGCUGAUGCAAACAUUGCCGCUAUCACAACACAAAGCGUGACUUUGUCUAGUACACGCGAAAUUACAACGACCAUUCAGACAACGGGCACCACAACAACCGUCAUUAGCUCGAGCAGUGCUGCCGCACAGAACAACAAUGAUGAUCAAAAUUCAAGCUCCGGCUCUGUGGCCACCACUCCCGAACGAGAGGUUCUACCAAAGGGUUUGAAUUCAUGGCGUGAAGCUGUUUCCCGUUCACACACAGCCGCCCAAUUGGCAAUGGCACUUUACGUAUUGGAAUCGUGCGUGGCCUGGGACAAAAGCAUCAUGAAAGCCGCCAAUAUGAAUGGGUCUAAUCAAACAGAACGUUACUUACAGAAUUGCCAGUUUUGUUCGUCCGGCGAAAAUGAAGAUAAAUUGUUGCUGUGUGACGGAUGCGACAAAGGCUAUCACACAUAUUGUUUUAAACCGAAAAUGGUGAACAUUCCCGAUGGCGAUUGGUAUUGCUAUGAAUGUGUGAAUAAAGCAACGAACGAGCGAAAAUGUAUUGUAUGCGGUGGCCAUCGUCCACCACCCGUUGGAAAGAUGGUUUACUGUGAAUUGUGUCCGCGUGCAUACCAUCACGAUUGCUAUAUACCGCCAUUGAUAAAAGUUCCAAGAGGAAAAUGGUAUUGCCAUGGUUGCGCAUCAAAAGCACCGCCACCAAAACGUCGUGGCCCAUCGAAAAAGGCCAAGGAAAAGGAUUCCAAAGAUAAAGAUUCAAAAGAUGGCAAAGAUCCGUCGAAAGAACCAAAGGAAUCGAAUAAUAAAAAAGAGAAAAAAUCGAAUGAAGCGCAUCGAGAAAACUCAAAUUCGAAUAGCGCAUCCGAAACAAAUUCCGUUGAUCAAUCAAUGCACAAUUCAAAUGUACCUGCUGCCACAUCGAAAACCAUUGAAACAUCGCAGUCGAGUCCAAAAAGUUCAGCAGCAGCUUCCACAUCAUUCGAUGAUCAAAUUCAAUCAGAAACAAUGAAUAGCACUGAAAAUGCCGUUUUUGACAAUUCCAUGAACGAUUCACAACAAGCUCAUGAUUCAUCCACACAAAUUGCAUCGCCGGAUCGAACAUCCACACCGGCACCGAGCAUUGAAUCAAACGAUCAAAAUCAUUGCAUGAAUGAGCUACGACCGCCACCAACACCAUCACCCGGAUGCGAAAAAUCACCAUCAUGGGAGCAACAACAACAAACCAAUACCAACUCCAAUUCAGCCGAUAACGAUGCAAUCGAUUCAGAGAAAAAUUUCAACGAAUCCGCAGUUCGAUCGAAUGAAGGCGGCAAAGACAAACAUCACAAGGACAAAAAAGAUCGCAGCGCUGCAAAGAAGCUCAUAAAAGAACUGUCAUCGUGCAAAACUAUGUUAGAAGAGAUGGAGUUGCAUGAAGAGUCCUGGCCAUUUUUAUUGCCUGUCAAUACGAAACAGUUUCCAACUUAUCGAAAAAUCAUUAAGCAUCCCAUGGACUUGUCAACAAUCAAAAAGCGCAUCCAAGAUUUGCAAUACAAAUCACGCGACGAUUUUAUCGCCGAUGUUCGUUUGAUAUUUGAUAAUUGUGAGAUGUUCAACGAGGACGACUCACCGGUGGGCAAAGCAGGACACUCGCUUCGUAAAUUUUUCGAAGCUCGAUGGGUUGAUCUAACCGACAAACAUUCAUGAUAUCAUUUAUUUCAAACCAAAUUUCCAAACAACAACUAGCCGUUAAACACAAUUUUCUCAUAAAAUGCCCGCAUUGCAUGCCGUGCAAAAUUAAAAUGCACUGCAAACGAAGAGAGAUUCUUUGAACCGACUUGACACAAUUCCGAUUAAAUGGACAAAAAAUUGCAUGAUGAAAAAAUUUUCUAUGUAAAAUGUGAAUAAAUAUGUAUUAUUGAUAUAAA